CGAAAGCAGAAGUAGAUCGCUAAAAAUAUGCAAGUUUGCUUUCCUGCUUAAUUACUAAGUUACUUAACUUUCCUGGAUUAACGCUAAUAACUUCAUCAGUACAGAAGCGUGACCCUUUAAACAUAUGUUCCUUUCCAGACACUGCUUCCUAAUUUUAGGGGUUUCAUGUUGCUGAAAGUAUCUGAACAAUCAUGUGUGGAUAUUUUGUAGUCAGAAGUAUUUGACCAAGCUCCAGGAGCAGCGUUUCACACCCUACUUUGAGUAUCGCCAGAGCCAGCUGUCACCCUGGCUCCCUGCAGCAGUGCCAGAACUGUUCUGGCAGGAUCACCCAAACUUUGCCUCCCGCCGACCUGGCUGAAGGCAGGCAAAAUGGAUCGCCGCGAAAUCACCUCCGAGCCUGACAAAACCCACCAAAAUCGCCUCUCCAGUGUCACCGAGGAGGAAGGAGAACAAGAUGCAGCUUACACGAUUGUGACAGUCCUGGACAAAGUGGCCAACAUUGUGGACAGCGUGCAGGCGAGCCAGAAAAGGAUAGAGGAGAGGCACAGGGAGAUGGAAAACACCAUCAAGACCAUACAGAUUGACAUCUUAAAGCUUGCCCAGGCUCACGGCAACACAGGCUACACAGUGAACAAGUUACUGGAGAAAACCCGCAAAGUCAGCUCCGUCAUGAAGGAGGUGCGGGCACGCGUGGAGAGGCAGAGCACCAACGUGCGGAAGGUGGAAGCAAAACAAGAGGAGAUGCUGAAAAAAAACAAAUUCCGGGUUGUAAUCUACCAGGAGGAAACUGAGUGUCCUUCAUCUCUCUCUGUUAUCAAAGAGAGGACAGCAGGGGAAACUCUGGAGGACGAUUUCUUCCCACCUGAUGAUCUGUCUUCUGAUGAAGAAUAUUAUAUUGAAGAAAGCAAAGCUACGCAGUUCAAGAAAUCAGGCAUGAGGCGCAUAGAUGAUAUCAAAAAGGCAUUCUCAAGGGAAAAUAUCCAAAAGACAAGACAAAAUUUCGGAAAGAAGGUAAACAGGCUUCGAACUAGAAUAGUGACCCCUGAGAGGAGAGAGAGGAUAAGGCAGUCAGGAGAGAGACUGAAACAAUCUGGGAUAAGGAUCAAGAAAACCAUUUCACAAGCUGCCCCAACGAAGGAGACGUUCAAGAUCCAUAAAAAAGGUAAAGAACGAACAGGAGCUGAAGGUCAGGAAGGGAUCCAGGAAGCUGGUGUGCACAUCGCCUCUGAGCUCGCAGCAGCAGAGCCUUUCACUGAAGAAAUCUCUUACACAGAAGUGAUCACUAAGGUAAAGAAAGACAAGAAUAGUGCAACAAAAGGUGCUUCCCAGACAACUGAAAAAGGAGUGACAAUCCCAGAAGUCGUUCUUAAGCAGGAAGGAAAAGAAGGAGGAGGAGGAGGUGAUGAUGUCCCUUUGCUAGACUUACAGCAAUCAGCAUACAGAAUCAACUAGCAAACACCCCAUACUAUCCUUACUGAACAAGAAAGAACACAGGAUGUAUUCACUCAGCUUUAGGAAAAUGUGUGUAUUUGUGUUAUACCACAAAAAAUGUGUUGGUGUUGUUCUAUCAUUUACAUGGGUGUCUAUAGUGUUGUUCGCCUGAAAAAAGCCAAGCCAUGCAAAUGAAGGAAUGGGGCUCCCCCUCUGUCUUGCAAUGUGCCAAUAGCCAUUAUUAACCCAAAUGGAACUCGCAUGUCAAAGGGAGAUGGAAAUCUGCUGGAUUUUCAAGAUUGACUUAGCAGUGACCACCUAAUCACUCUUUAGUUUUAUGUACAACAGGAUAACAAUUAUUUCUUCUAUCUUACACCAACUCCUGUAAUCGAAAACAGUGACAAAGGUAUUGCUUCAUACUACUAAAUGAAAGAACUAUGGAAAACGUGGAUUUAGCUAUACAAAUCUUUUCAUUUAAGGGCCCUCAUUGAAACAGCAGGAGGAAGAAAUUCCUGCUUUAUCCAGGGUGUGACAAAAUGUGGCAGGAAUGAUAGGUUUUUGGGUAAAUUGUGUUUCUUCUCAGUGGAAAAUAGAAGCUCCUGAAAUGACUAAAUAUUAUUUCUGGAGUUCUGGAAGAAGAAGGUUUGAUGUACGUAAGCAAUGCAUCUUCUGCACUUAUGGAGUAAGAAUAAAAAAGCAGAAGACACAUUAAAUAUAAUUAGCAGGAAGAGAAUGAGGUAUCAUAUUCAUGUUUUGGAAUGAUGAGAUUGCAAGAAAGGCAAAGGUAUGAAGCAGUAAAAAAAAGGAAUAAGGUUAAUGCAUGGGUUCUGGAUAAAUAGAGAAAAGGUAGAAUAUUAUAACUGAAUAUAACUGAAGUUUCCUCAAGGUCUUUCAAAGAAUUGUUACUUUAUCCAGAGGCUCGUGACCAUAAGUGACCAGACAAGGGAAAUGGUUUGUUUUUCAUUCUCUGUGCUUUUUCUGAGCUUCACUGCAAUUAAAAUCUAUUCUACAAAGCCGCUGAAGCAUAAGGCCAAUCUAUAACCUAAUUCUUUGUUUCCUAUCAUUAUCGUUAUCAACCAGCCACAGCCUCAGGGAUUAUGAGACAGACACCCUUUGGAGUAUGGAAUGCUGUUUAUUUGCAACACUUGGGAGCCAGUGCCCUGACAUCAGAUAUGUUUGUAAACAUGACCGCUACACUGACAUGAGGUGCAGGACAGUAUUGCUCUCUUCAUUCUCAAAUGGAGUUGCCUUCAAAGCACUUAUCUAAAGCAAUGUUAGUCAUUACUAUCUGUGUGAAAGAAACUUGUACAAUAUUGCCAAAAGCUGUAUGAUUGUAUUUAUUAUCUCAAAUUCAUUUUAACAGCAGAGCAUAACUUGGUUAUCUAUAUACAUUGUUUGAGGACUCUCAGCCAAUUGUUAAUCUACAAUUUAAAUAUAACUAGCUUGAUUUCAAA